AUGGCCUCCCUCUUCGGCAAGAAACAGCGCCACAGGUCAUCCAACUCCUCCUCAGCCACCUCCCCCACCAACCUCGUCGCCGUCCCCUACAGCCAGCUCACCUCGGGACCCCCGCCCAUCGCAGGCCCGUCCACAUCCAGGUCGGACAACUCCAAGCUCGUCAGCGCCCCCAACACCAACCCCACCCUCACAGACGAUGGCACACCACUGAAUGCAAACUCGAGGACGUAUGGGGCCAUGGCACGCCCGGCGCCGCCCCCUGAUACCCCAAAGAGGCGGCGGACAGGGGACGACAUGGCGGGCGCUGGUGCCGGGGGCGGCAGCGGGGAUAGACCGAGAAUGUCCAACGUGACAGACCCAGGGAUACAUGAGAGUAGCUAUAGCUCGAGGUCUGGGGACGGGCAUCAAGAAAUGCUGCAGCGCUCAGUGAGCCCCUACUACGACUCUGUCUCUAGCGCAGGUGCCGCCUCGGCUAUCCAGCGUAGUCACACCUCGACACAAGAGUUUGGGGGCAGGUCGUAUGUCCAUCCCUACGCUGCAAUGGGACAGAGAAACCCAGAGACUGCCAGUGUGCAUACAGUGUCGUCUAUGGCAAGUCAAAGGUCCCGUAUCCAUGUCGAAGACACAGAUCCGGGACGGUAUCCACUGGGCUAUCCUCUAGGCCCUUCGCGGCAACAGUACACGACGCAAAGAGAAUCAGAUGGGCGUACUACCCCCACACAAUCUCCCCAGCCCCACGUGACAACAUUCACCAUUCCUGCGCCUUUACAAGGUAGAGACGAGUGGCAGCGUCCAUCCGACCAGGUCAUUGAAGAGUGGUAUCGCCAUCUUCUCCAAAAUACCGAUUUAGACCCUUCAUCAAACCAUACCACUUCACCAAACCCCUCCCUGAGAUCUUCAGUGUCGUCCUCAACGUCGAGAGCAGCCAUGUCUGCGGCACAAGUGCCUGUAGAGUCAAAGUGGAUGCUUGUCCAGCAAUAUUGGAGAUCACGGCCUAAUGCUCCCGGGGGUCGUAAGCAAGAGACGCCUAGGGUUGCUGGCAAACGGGCUACCAAAGGAGACAAGGGAGAUAAGGGCUCGGUGGAAUACUUUUUGAGCCAGCUGUUCAACAGAGACGCUUUGACUCCUGCCUUGCUGUCUUCGUUGGAAAUCAGCUUGAGAACAGAGACUUUAGAUUGGAUCCAAAACUUUAUGGACCACCAGGGCCAGGCAGCUCUAGGCAAUGUCCUGACCAAAUUGACCUAUACCAACGGUGUCUGUGAACAACCCUCGGCCAAGGACGAAGGUCUAAUGCACUGUCUCAGUCGGUCUAUAUGUAAACACCGAAUUGGCUGCAACGACGCAGUGACCAAACCACGCACCAUCGAACGGAUCAUCCUCUAUCUCACAUGUUCCAACAUGAACUGUCGAAUGUGGGCUGCCCAAAUAUUGACGGUCCUCUGUCAGAUCAGCGAAUCCAACGGAGACAAACCUGGUCUUGCUGUAGUCUACAUGGCGUUUGACGAAUUGAAAGAAAAAGUCAACCAGGGUGUGCUGGACAUUCGAAAAAAAGUCGAGCGGUUCAGCUUGUGGAUGUCACAAUUGGCAGAAGUCCUCGAAAAGCAAGGGCGGAUGGGAAGCAAAGUUCGCGCACACCCCCUCGUCAAAGGCUUGGACGUGCUUGAGUAUUGCCGUACCAUGGUUCUUCUCCUUGUCUCUUUACCCUCUUCCAACGACGCCAAGACCAGAGAAUCUAUCCGCUGGCAACUCGAGCUUUCUGGCGCUCCCCUCGUCGUUGCUCGCUUACGGCAACUACGGGAUCCGGAAAUCAAUAUGCAGCUCGACAUUUACGAAGAGAAUGCCCGAAACGACAUGGCCAAUCUCGUAGAUAGCAAGAAGGAGUCUGAUCUCAAAAAGCUGCGAAGCCCGGAGCAAAUCAUCGGGAUGCUUCUCGAAAAGACCAAGGGCAAGACAGAGGGUCUUUACCUGCUAGACAUCUUGCGGCACUUUGUCCUCAUCGAUGCGGAGGGCGACGAGAGACCGAGAUAUUUCCAGCUCUUGAGCGAGCUGACCUCGACCAUCGUCAUGGGAGCUUCGCCAGAUUUGCAUGGCGAGUUUGAAAGUGCUUUUCAUCGCUCAAUCAACUAUGUCCUUGGUAAACUUGCCGAAAAUAAGGCCUAUGACGAAGCCAUGGCCGAAGUCAAGGAGCUCAGGGCUACCAAUGAGAGACUCACCUACGAGCGCGAGGACCUUCAGGACGAAAUAUCUGCGGGGAACGACGGCCUCGUCGGUCGCCUCAAGGCGCAGAUUACCGAGCUGGAGAAGAAGCUCUACAAUUCGCGUGUGGCUAUGGAAGCCGCUCUUGACGAGAAGGAGGGUAUGCGCAAAGACUAUGAAAAGCGUUUGCAUGAGCUCCGUCUCUGGCUCCAGAGGCUUUACAACAUCAUCCGCGAGGCUGGUCUGGAGCUUCCGAGGGGUAUGGAAGGGAUGGCCAAUAUCCCCGACUUUUCGCGGUUGGAAACCGAGUGGAAGAUGGUGAUUGACAAAGACAAGGCGCAUGACCAAACCUUUGAGAAGCUCACCGGCUCCUCGUUCCAUGGCAAGGACGGAUCGAGGUCGAGUUCUCUCAAGAGGGCGAUCAGAAGAAAUGACUCGACCGACGUCGAUGACGAGUCGGAGGAGGAGCACGAGGAUGGAGAAGUCUUGGAGGCUGCCAAAGUGGCUCUUUCCAACGUCAGGGGUCAAAGGCGAUCCCUAAAAAAGAGGAAAUCGAGGACACCGGGCGGAAAGGCCAAGCACGUCUCGGUAUCUCAAUUCGAAGAUGCCGGCGACGACAGCGUCCUUUUACACAUCGAGAACUCGUUGCAAGAGGCCGACUCUGUCUCCCCUGUCCCGCGCACCCAUGGCCAGCAGUCCUCACGAUCAGGUCGCCUACAAGAGGUCAUCACCGCUGGCACGCCCACACGUGCCAACUUUGACCCUGCAGCUCCACCCAUUGGCGAAAAGUCUGUCUGGCGAGGCCAGAAGAAGCCUUCCGCUUUCCCUCCUCGAUUCGUGGCCGAGCUACGUGCCAAGCAGAUCUCGCGAAGUUCUUCAGCUCCCGCUCAGCUCAACGAUCUCGACUCGAAUAGUGACCAUGAUGAUUCCGACAACCGUGACUCUCAAUACACUGAGCGUAAUACUGCGUAUACCUCUGGCGUGUCUGAAGUGCUCAAGACUCCGGGAAGCAGAGAUAGUUUCAGGUUGCAAGUGCUGUCAAAAGCCAAGAGUGUCAAACAUGAUUUGGAUCUGGAAAAGGAUUUCUCACAGGAUGGCAAUGCGCUUUCCACGGUGACGGAAGACGAGGAAAAGAGUGGACGGAUGCUAGCCACGCAGGUUCCCGAUGAGUCGGAAAGUAUGGCUGCUCCGCCGCCACCGCCACCGCCUCCCCCGCCCCCUUUGCCCCCUCCCGGUUUCUUGGGUCCAGCCGUCGCUCGAGGACCGACUUCUUCUAUGGCACCGCCUCCACCUCCUCCCCCACCCCCGCCUCCUCCUCCUCCGCCCCCGCCUGGAGGCAUGCCCCGCAAGCCAGCAGCAGUGCCAGCCGGUGCGCCAGACAUGUCCAACGUCUUUGCUGGUAUCAAGGGUGGUCACUCGCUCAAAAAGACCGCUGGCUCGACCGUUCCUCCUCCUCCGCCUCCCCCACCUCCUGCAGCUCCCUCGUCCAAUCCUGCGUCUCGUGCGCCGCUGGAGUCUGUGUCUUCUUUGCUUUACGGUGUAAAUGACUCGCGUAAAGAUGUUAGCAUGAUUGCUAGUAAGCGAAUGAAGCAGCUGCAGUGGGACAAGGUCAGCAAGGCGCAAUUGGGAAAGACGGUGUGGAAAAAGGCAGAGGAUGACAAGAUGGAGGAAGAAGUGGUCAACAUGAUGAAGGCGCAUAAUAUCUGGGAUGAGAUUGAGAACGAGUUCAAGGCAAAGGAAGUCAUGUAUGAUGCGAUCAAGAAGCGAAGGGAGCAAGAGAUUAUCAGUGUGUUGGCUCCUGAUCACAGAAAGCGUAUCGAGAUUCUCAUCUCGGGGCCAUUCGCCAAGACUUACAAAGACAAUCCCGAGGGUCUUGCCAAUGCCAUCUCCGAGUUUGACUCUGAGCUGUGCGUCGAGGCGUUCUUGAAUGAAUUACAGAGUGUACUUCCCAACGAUGAUGAUCGUGGUAAACUCCUCACGCAUUCGGCGGACGACCCUGAACAAUUCGCUAAAUUGCAUCCCGCCGAUAGGCUCAUGGUCCGUCUCAUCCAGCUUUCUCAUCUGAAUGAGCGUGUCAAAGGAAUGCUGUACCGGGUCCGAUUCCCCCAAAAUAUCGAUCUUCUUGAACAGAGUCUUGCCGUGCUUGAGGAUGCGUGCGAUGCCUUGAUGGAUGCCAAACAGUUCCAGGCUCUGCUUGCACUGAUCCUGACCAUGGGCAAUUACAUCAACGGUACUAAUUAUGCUGGCGGUGCUUUUGGCUUCAAGAUUGCCAGUAUCAAUAAACUGGUGGAUACCAAAUCCAGCGGUGGACAAAACUUGCUGCACUUCUUGGAAAAGACGGUAUCCCUGCACUUUCAAAAUAUCGGCGAGUUUUUGAACGAGCUCGAGAUUCCUGCUACUGCUGCUCGAGUCAACUAUGCGGAUCUGCAAUCUACAUCGAAAACCAUGCUCGACGACAUUUAUCGUAUUCGCGACGCCCUCGACAAGCAAUUCGACGGCGACACCUCGCAGUAUACACGCAAGAUGAACAUUUUCGUCACCAUUUCGUCUGAGCGGGUGCGGAAUGUCAGAGACGGCAUCAUUGCGGCAGACCGCAAAUUGAAAGAGGUGCAGACGUUCUAUGGAGAGUGUGAUGAUAUGGGGAGAGGGAUGCAGAGUCAAGAGUUCUUUGGGAUUUUCAGGACUUUUGUGUCUUCCUACAAGUUCUGCCAAGCUCAGAACCGGGCACGAGCAGAAGAACAAGCUGCUCUCGAAGAUCGCGCUCGACGGAGACUUGAACGCAAACAGAUGGGCCUAACCCCACAGCCUACCGGCAUGUCUACCACCUCGUCUACUGGCGACUUUGAAGAUACCAUUACGAAACUUCGCAAAAACGGCACUCCGCGUAUACCGCGCGAGAGGACGAAACGCGAGUUUGCCCCACCUCCAAGCCCGCUGUCUGAAUCUGUUGAUCUGGAAAAGAUGAUGCUGGCAGCUUCUGGCGGCGGAGCGGACGGGGGAGAUGGAGGCGGGUACGGGAUGGAACCCGAGUACGAGGCGUUGAUGGCGCAGAGGCUCUUGUCUACGACAUUCAAAUCGCCUUUUGACUCUUCCGAGUGGAGCGCCGACGUCUUGAAUGGCAUGGACGAAGCCAAGGACCCGGAAGAAGCCGGUAACGACUCGUUGGAGGAUCCGGACGCAACUCAGGUGUACAAGCUGAGCGCCCCGCCGCAGUCGACGCUGUCAAUGUCUGACAGUUCCUUUGCGGAGGGUGUAGAGUAUGUCGAAUCGAGUACGCCUCGAGCGACUACUCCUACCUCACCCCUUCGAGAUGGCCCGUCGCCACACACACCUAGCCCGAUGAUUGAAGGGCUUGCGGGGAUGGAGGCUCUGAUCUGGCCGUCGACGCCUUCGCCUACCCGUGAAACCCUCGUCAAUGGGGCAGACGCAGAUGAUGGAAAGCUGCAUGCGAGGACGGUACGAGGGGAUGAGCAGGAUUGA